CCGCGGUGGGUCACAAUUUUAUCGCGUGUAGCAGGGACUGAGGGUCUCAUCCGACACUACAUACGCCAGACUGCGUUAUAAAAGGUAUCUGGUCGUUGAUUUGGGCAAUAUGGGUUAUGUGGAAUUGGAAGUAAUUUGCCCCACUACUCCGUGGUGUCCGGCGUGUAGAAUGUAUUUCCAUGAGGAAGGUGACCAGGAGUGUGGGUCAAAAAGAAAAAAGUCGUACGCGGCGGCCGUUUCAAACCAGAAAUCUCCCAUGCCGAGUAAGGGCAAGGGGAAGGGGGGGGGACCGACAGGCGGUGGGAAAGGUACAGAAGUGAGUGGAGAGAAAGGAGGAGGGAAGGGAGGGGGCAAGGACGGCAGAGAUGGAGGGUCGGAUGAGGGAGAAAAGGAAGGGUUCCCGUCCCCGAAGAAAGGGAGCCGAUCCCCGAGGAAAAGGGCGGAGGGUGAGGGUUCGCAAGGUAAGGGCAAGGGCUCCCCCUUGAAAGGGGUGGGGCCAGAGGGGACAUCUGGCCCCCAAGGGGAAAAAAGGAGCGAGCUAGGGAAGGGUGAGGGUGAGGGGGGAGGACCGAUCGGGGGGGACGGAGGUCCUACUCAGCAGGGAGAAAGGGAGAUAACAGAAAAGAGAGAACAAUCGACUCUGGUGAUAGAUCAGGGAAUGUUAGGGGGAGGGAAGGGAUUCGUGGAGGAGGAUAAGAUGGAUGAGGACAUUGCCCUGACCAGAGAGAAACGCAAACGUGAGCACGAUGAGGCUACGCAGGAGGAGGAAGACCACUCGUCUUCAGAGGAUCCUUCCCCCAGCAAAGCCUUAGUCGUGUACGACCCACGAAAAUUCCGGUAUUCACGAGGGAAGUCGGUAUCCUGGUCCUCGGACGAGGGAUCAGAGGAGGAGGACGAGGGACGUUUAAUUCCUUUGUUUGGGGAUUUGAACGACCUGCCUGCUUCUCCGAUGAAAACCUACGAUAACCUUUAUUACGACUGGGGAACUCCAAGCACUGCACUCAGAUCAGCUCCCUCAGAUGGGACCCCCUCUAGCCCAGACGAAGUUUUUAAAACAGAGGAGCCGAAUGCGGAGGAGCCUAUGGCUUCCCAGGCUUUGGCCCCUCGGAGGGUACCGUCUUUGGACCGCUCCACAGGGAGUAUCCCUCAGAAGACUAGGUUAUCUCCGACGAAGAAAUCUAAGGUUCUGCGGCCGAAACCCAGAGUGGGUGGUCUGCAGAUAGAGUCCCUCUCCACCCCCAUUCAGCAAGAGGCUGGGGGAUCAGAGAAAGUAGGGAGGAGACGCAAGUCUGUGCCCCCUCUUUCUCAGGCCCCGCCCAUGAGAACGCUGACCAAAGCUGAAAAGAAGAAAGGGGUGAAGGCGGAAAUGGUCAUACCGCUGAUCUGUACCCACUCUCCACAUGGCAUCAUGGUGCUUACGAACAAACAGCAAGAUGAAGCACUGACUCUUCCAUUCCUUUCAACAGCUGGUCCACCAGGAGACGGGCAACUGACUGAGUGGGUCUCGAAGACCGUCUUGAAUGGGCUGGCCACCUGUUCAAUGCUGUCCAAACCCAAGAAGGAUAGACACAUGCAUAAGACCUUAAAGGGAGAAACUCUAAUCGCGCAUAUCUCCUUAUUGGCUCUGCAGGCUGAUACUGCUGCGAGAUUAUCUUUACGGAAUCUAGACAUACACUGGCUGCCCCUCACCCAUUUUUUGGAUGUGGGGGUGGACACUCUGUAUGACAUAACAAUCACAGAGGACAUGUCGGCACUCACAAUUGCGCAGUGGUUGGCGCAGUCCGGGACGGCGGACUAUUUAACCUCCUCAGCUUUUGCAGCGAACUUACAAAAGAAGCAAGUGCCCAGUAUCCCGAAUCAACAGGGUUCCCUCCAGCCCUCACCCCUGGGAACAGGGCAAGUCUUAAAAAAACAGAACUCCCCCCGCAUCCAAAUUGCACGCGGUAAGGACCCAGUUAAUGGUUCUGCCAAGCAGGAUUAGAUUGGCCACGUGGAAUGUCCGUGGCUUAGGUGAUACAGCGAAUAAAUUUAAAAAAUCUAG